GGGCGCGGCCUCUGGGGACGAGAAUGCCAAGGGACUCUCUUCACCAGCGGUUUACUGUUGAAAGCCAUGUGCAACUAAUAUCCAAUAUGGCGGACAUGGCGGAUGAAUCGGCGAGAAAGUAAAAAUCUAACUUGUUCUUGUAUUUUCACGUAGUUUUUCUUGUUCUUUUCCCGAAUUUGUGUCGCCAAAAUGAAGAAUAGAUUCACGACAGUAGAUCUCUGUGCAGUUAUAACGGAACUAAGAGAAAGUCUUCUAGGUAUGAGAGUGGCUAAUGUUUAUGACAUUGAUAGCAAGACCUACCUGAUUAGACUGGGAAAGACAGAUGUAAAAGUCAUGUUGUUGGUUGAGUCUGGUAACAGAAUAAACACAACAGAAUUUGAGUGGCCCAAAAAUUUGAUGCCAUCUGGAUUUUCAAUGAAGUGCCGUAAGCAUAUCCGAUCUCGCAGGCUUGUGAACAUCAGUCAGUUGGGUAUUGAUCGUAUUGUGGACUUGCAGUUUGGUUCAGAUGAAGCAGCCUAUCACUUGAUUGUCGAGCUUUAUGACAGGGGUAACAUUGUGCUGACUGAUUUUGAAUACACAAUCUUGAGUCUUCUAAGAACAAGAACAGACACUGAAGAUGUCAGAUUUGCUGUACGAGAAAAAUACCCUGUGAAUUCUGCAAGGCAAAGAGAGCCAUUGAUGAGCCUAGAAAGACUACAUGACAUUUUAACAGAAAGCAAGGAGGGAAUGGAGUUAAAGAAGGUGUUAAACCCACAUUUUGUUUAUGGUGCAGCUGUAUUGGAGCAUUGCCUCAUGGAAGAAGGAUUCCCUGAAAAUGUCAAGAUUGGAAAAGGAUUUAAUUUUGAAGAAGACCUUCCGAAGGUUAUGGAGUCACUGAAGAAAGCAGAAAGUUUGCUUGAAUUGACACUAACCGCAAAAUGCAAGGGAGUUAUUGUUCAAAAAAGAGAACAAAAGCCAUCCAGCAAUGGUGAAGUUCAAGAUGAGCUCCUCACGUAUCAAGAAUUCUACCCAUUCUUACUAAAUCAACACAAGAAAGGACCAUAUCUGGAGUUUCCAUCAUUUGACAAGGCAGUGGACGAGUUCUUCUCAAAGAUGGAAAGUCAAAAAAUUGAUAUGAAGGCUCUGUCUCAAGAAAAAACUGCAAUGAAGAAGCUAGAAAAUGUUAGAAAAGAUCAUGAAAGGAGAAUUGAGUUACUGCAAAAGUCUCAGGAUCUGGACAUGCUUAAAGCAGAACUUGUGGAGCUUAAUUUACCACUGGUGGAUAAGGCCAUUCUGAUUGUCAACAGUGCCAUCGCCAAUCAGAUUGACUGGUCUGAAAUUAACAGCAUAGUGAAGGAAGCCCAGUCACAGGGGGACCAAGUAGCAUGUGCUAUUGCUGCACUUAAACUGGAAACUAACCAUAUCACUAUGAACCUCAGAAACCCUUAUGAUUUUUCUGAUUCUGACUCUGAUGAUGAGGAAGAAGAUGAAAAGACUAAAAAGAAGAAGAAGAAGAAAAGGGGACCAAAGUUUACAAAAGUUGAUAUCAACCUGGCCUUAUCUGCAUAUGCAAACGCACGAAGCUUUUAUGAUAAAAAGAAAUUCUCUUCUAAAAAGGAACAGAAAACAAUAGAUGCCUCCGAGAAGGCCCUGAAAUCAGCAGAACGAAAAACAAAGGAAACUCUCAAGGAAGUUGAAACAACAACAAGAAUAAAGAAAGCUCGGAAGACCUACUGGUUUGAGAAGUUUCUUUGGUUUAUUAGUUCUGAGAAUUAUCUGGUCAUCGGCGGACGUGAUCAACAACAAAACGAACUUGUGGUCAAAAGACACUUAGAACCAGGUCAGCGGUCAAGCCGAAGUCUGUUGUUCUCUACUGGUGGUAACGCUUGCAUGUUUUUCCGCCUUUGGAGACGCUGGAAUGUUUUCGUGCCCUCUACGACACUUGCAUACUUGUCCACUCUCGGCGACGCUUUCAUGUUUUCCCGCCCUUGCUUUCGUCCUAUGUGCACAUGCAAUCCUAGAACUAUAGGGAACCACCUUAAACUACAUGACAUUUUAACAGAAAGCAAGGAGGGAAUGGAGUUAAAGAAGGUGUUAAACCCACAUUUUGUUUAUGGUGCAGCUGUAUUGGAGCAUUGCCUCAUGGAAGAAGGAUUCCCUGAAAAUGUCAAGAUUGGAAAAGGAUUUAAUUUUGAAGAAGACCUUCCGAAGGUUAUGGAGUCACUGAAGAAAGCAGAAAGUUUGCUUGAAUUGACACUAACCGCAAAAUGCAAGGGAGUUAUUGUUCAAAAAAGAGAACAAAAGCCAUCCAGCAAUGGUGAAGUUCAAGAUGAGCUCCUCACGUAUCAAGAAUUCUACCCAUUCUUACUAAAUCAACACAAGAAAGGACCAUAUCUGGAGUUUCCAUCAUUUGACAAGGCAGUGGACGAGUUCUUCUCAAAGAUGGAAAGUCAAAAAAUUGAUAUGAAGGCUCUGUCUCAAGAAAAAACUGCAAUGAAGAAGCUAGAAAAUGUUAGAAAAGAUCAUGAAAGGAGAAUUGAGUUACUGCAAAAGUCUCAGGAUCUGGACAUGCUUAAAGCAGAACUUGUGGAGCUUAAUUUACCACUGGUGGAUAAGGCCAUUCUGAUUGUCAACAGUGCCAUCGCCAAUCAGAUUGACUGGUCUGAAAUUAACAGCAUAGUGAAGGAAGCCCAGUCACAGGGGGACCAAGUAGCAUGUGCUAUUGCUGCACUUAAACUGGAAACUAACCAUAUCACUAUGAACCUCAGAAACCCUUAUGAUUUUUCUGAUUCUGACUCUGAUGAUGAGGAAGAAGAUGAAAAGACUAAAAAGAAGAAGAAGAAGAAAAGGGGACCAAAGUUUACAAAAGUUGAUAUCAACCUGGCCUUAUCUGCAUAUGCAAACGCACGAAGCUUUUAUGAUAAAAAGAAAUUCUCUUCUAAAAAGGAACAGAAAACAAUAGAUGCCUCCGAGAAGGCCCUGAAAUCAGCAGAACGAAAAACAAAGGAAACUCUCAAGGAAGUUGAAACAACAACAAGAAUAAAGAAAGCUCGGAAGACCUACUGGUUUGAGAAGUUUCUUUGGUUUAUUAGUUCUGAGAAUUAUCUGGUCAUCGGCGGACGUGAUCAACAACAAAACGAACUUGUGGUCAAAAGACACUUAGAACCAGGCGAUCUGUACGUGCACGCAGAUCUUCACGGUGCCACAAGUGUUAUAAUAAAGAACCCCACGGGCCAGCCAGUCCCGCCAAAGACCCUGAAUGAAGCCGGGUGCAUGGCGGUAUCAUAUAGUGCAGCAUGGGAGGCACGAAUCGUGACCUCAGCGUGGUGGGUGCAUCAUUCACAGGUGUCCAAGACAGCACCUACGGGAGAGUACCUCACCACAGGGAGCUUCAUGAUAAGGGGCAAAAAGAACUUCCUGCCACCUUGUUACCUGAUGAUGGGCUUUGGUUUUAUGUUUAAACUUGAUGAAACGUGCAUCGAGAAUCACUUAAACGAGAGGAGAGUCCGAACUGUAGAGGAUACUGAAACAGUCGAGGGUGUCGAAGGAGAAGAAGAGCUGUCUGUUCCCAGUGAUGAAGGCGACGAUGAAAAUCAACCAAGUUCUGCUGUACAAGACACAAAUGAUCAAGAGGACGAGGAGGAGCAAAACAGUUUGUUCCCUGACACUAGCAUUGACAUACAACUCACCAAGGAGGGAAAAGUACAACUUCAGCGUGGUACAAGUAGAAGUAGCAGCCGUCAAGACAGCGAGGAAGGGGAAAUCAAUUCUUUUGAGCAAACCAAGCAGCCUGCGAACAAACAGUGGCUUACAAAGAAACAGAGAAGGGAAAACCGAAAAAAGAAGGGCAAACAAGCUGAGGACGAUCUUAGUCAGGAGAGAGAAGAAGAUGACGAAAUUGAAGAAGAAAACGAGCAGGCAAAUAAGAAAUCUAGUAAUAGCUGUGACCAACAGCAACAGCAGCAGCAGCAGCAACAACAACAACAACAACAACAACAACAACAACAACAACAACAACAACAACAACAACAACAGCAACCGGCACCCAAGAGAGGAAAGAAGGCAAAACUUAAGAAGAUCAAAGAGAAAUAUGGUGAACAGGACGAAGAGGAACGACAGAUGAAGAUGGAAAUACUGGCGUCUGCUGGACCUGCAAAGGAGAGCAAAGCAGAGAAAAGAAAGAAAGAAAAAAAAGGCGCGAAAGGAUGGGGAGGAGGAGGUGGAGCCAACAGGCCGGUCAGCGGUAAACCCGGAAAGAAGGAUGUGCAGACAAACAAAGACCAAGUCGAGAUGUCAAAACAAAAUAAUUUAUCUCCGGAACAAGGAAGAAUGCAAUUAAAUCAAGAAAAUAACGUCCAAUCUACUGAGGGUAUCGAUAAAAGUGAAGGCAAUGAAGGGAACUUUACUGGCCAAAAUUCAAGCAAUUGUGGAGAAACAGGAGUUGAUGAAAACAAUAAAGAAAACCUGGUUAUUGAUAACGAGACAACGAAUAAAGAAAAAGCGAACUUGUUGGAUAAAUCUACUGAAGAAUUAAGUAUGUCAAGUCAAGUUAAUGUAGAGGAAAACUCAAUGGGAGCUGUUUAUAAUGAAGGUCAGAAGUCGUUGACAGAUGAGAAAGAAAUGGAAAAAGAUACCGUUGCGUCAGAUGAUGAGACAGAAGAUCUUCCACAAAAAGAAGGCAUGUCGUUGCUUGAUUCUCUGACGGGUUGUCCUUUUUCUGAAGAUUUACUUCUGUUUGCAAUUCCUGUUUGCGCUCCAUACACGGCUGUUCAAAAUUACAAGUAUAAAGUGAAACUCACCCCAGGAACUGCCCGCAGAGGGAAAGCGGCUAAGACGGCGUUAAAUGCAUUUCUGUUUUCUAAAGAAGCUUCCCAACGAGAGAAAGACUUAAUUAAAAGUUUAAAGGAUAAUGACCUUUCGCGAUACAUUCCUGGAAAGGUUAAAGUUUCAGCACCGAACCUUCAGAAAAAGAAGCGAAAGUGAUCAGUAUUUAUAAAAUAGCAAGACACCCGGGAAAGUGUUUUUAUCAAAGAAAUAAUAUCAAUAAACUGUUCCGUUCAGUCA